AUGGAUGUGAAGUUGAAUAUUUGUAUGCUUAAAAUUGAUGGAUCUUGUUUGGUUUUUGUUUCAGUUGAUUUAGAGCCAACAAUGGAGGAAACCAUUUUGGUAGGUGAUGAUUUAAUGACAGGACCACCAUCACCUAUCAUACCUCAAGAAAUUGCUUCUCAUGUUCUUGAAACUGUUGAAACUUGUGAUGGGAUUCUUAGGAAUUUCUUCCUAUGUUUGCAAAUCAAUGAUAUUGAACCAUUUUUCCAAGAUGAGAUUGUUAUAUACAAACAAUGUGUCGAUAAACGGGAUAAGAUACUGAGGCAACGGCUUCGAGAGAGUGAACAUAAAUUGGGUCUUUCAAUGCCAUUAGAUGAUGCCAAAGAUAGAUCUACUCAACUUCAAUCAAAGGUCACAUCAUUGGAGAGGCGCUUAAUUCUUGCAAGUGGAGCUGAAGGGAUGGACGGGUUUCUCCAGAGAUGGAGUUUGCAUGGACGCCUUGAAGACACUAAAAAAAUAUUAGACUCUUUAAAGCAGGGAAUGGAGAAGAGAGAAAAUAAGGAAGAGCCAACAAGUUCAACCACCACUAAGAAAGUUUGAUUCCUUACCUGGCUGGGCUUGAUGCUGCUUCCCUCUCAUUUGAUUCAAGGAC